AUGGAGUGUAAUAAUAACGAUCAUCAUCAACUUUCAAACCCUUAUGCUAUCGAACUAAAUAAUGUUACCAUUCGCUUAAGUAACAAAGAUAUUUUAAAAUCAAUUACUCUUGCUAUUGAGCAAGGUGGAAUUUUUGCUUUACUUGGACCGAGCGGUUGUGGAAAAACAACUCUAAUACGUACGUUGGUUGGUCGUUUACAUCCUAUUAAUAAUCAUGAUGGAACACGAGGAAAAAUAUCGAUUCUUGGUAAAGAUCCUCAUGCAUACGGUCAACUUGUUGGAUUUAUGCCUCAAGAAAUGGCAUUACAUUUCGCAAAUACGAUUGAUGAGGAACUUUAUUUCUAUGGUCGUUUAGCAAAUAUGCAUAGUGAAAAGAUUCAACAACGAUGUCAAUUUUUAAUGAAUCUUCUUGAAUUAUCACAUAAACGAAAAUUAAUUUUUAAAUUAAGUGGUGGACAACAGAGGCGUGUUUCAUUUGCAAUAGCUCUUUUACACGAACCGAGGUUACUUAUUUUAGAGAAAAAUUCAUGCUGUCUUGCACUUCGUUCUUGUUCACGCCCAUCUACUGGUCGCUCUCUUUAUGCACUUCUUAUAAAAGAUAUUAUUAAAUUUCAACGAAAUCCAUUUAUGCUUAUUAUUCAAUUUCUUGUACCAAUCCUACAAAUAACUUUAUUUUGUUUAUGUGUUGGACGAAAAUUAACUAAUAUUCCAAUGGGAUUUAUUUCACGUGAAACUAUUCGAUCGAGUUCUACAAGUGGAUUAAUAUUUGAUAAAAUUGAUAAAAAUGUUCUUAAUCUAAUUGAAUAUAAAUCAAUAAAUGAAGCUCAACAUUUAUUUCAUUUGGGAUAUUUAUUUGGAAUUAUUGAUAUUGGUGAAAAUUUUACUCGAGAAAUUUUUGAUAAAGUACAGUCUUGUUCAUUUUCUGACGUACAUAAAUAUAAUGAUUCUCAAAUGAUAAUCUAUUUAGAUGAAACAAAUCGACAAAUGGUUUAUACAAUUGCUGAAGAAUUUAUUCGAGUUUUUAAAAUUAUUGAUAUAGAUUUUAAUCUGGGACUUUUUGCGUCUACUUCAUCAAAUCACUCAUUAUUUAAAUUAGGGCAAUUUCAAAAUCAUCUACCAAAAAUUGAAUAUACUUUUACACAUUUUAUGAUACCUGGUAUUAUUCUUUCUGUUAUUUUUUUCUUCAAUGUUGCUCUUACUGCUCUUUCAAUUGUCACUGAACAAAGUGACGGAACACAAGAACGUGUAUGGAUAACAGGCGUGAAAUCCAAUCAAAUUAUUCUUAGCCAACUGAUAAUACAUUCAUUGAUACUUAUUAUUCAAAUAGUAAUUGUUUUAUUUACUUCAUUAUUCAUUUUCGAGAUUCCAUUAAGAGGUAGUUUAUUGUAUCCAUCAUUACUUUGUAUAAUACAAGGCUUUUGUGGCAUGACAUUUGGAUUAGUUAUUUCAACAAUUUUUACAACAGAAAUCAAUGCUCAUCAAGUUACAAUGUCUAUUUUCUAUCCCGUAUUACUUCUAAGCGGUAUUGUAUGGCCACUUGAAGGGCAACCGAUAUGGAUGCGAACAAUAUCAGCAUGGUUGCCGAUGACAAAAGCAAUCGAUGCUAUGCGGGGUACACUUUUAAAAGGAUGGUGUAUUCAACAUUUAGUUGUACAACAGGCGUUCAUGGUUUCAUUUCUUUGGUCUAUGGUCUUUCUUAUCUUAACACUUCUUGUUUUUAAUUGUCGUCGUUUAUAA